AUGGCCGACGCAGACGAAGAUGUCUCGCAUCUCCGUGCGCCAAAUGCCGAAGACGACGACGAGGCGGAAGAAAGCCAGGAAUUUGGCUCCUGGACUAAGUUGAUAGCCAUUGAAGCCUCGGAUCGCAGUCUGCCCAAACGUGGUGAAAAGGAUUUCGAGAGUCAUGCGACGAAUCUACAACUCGAGACGCUCGAGGCUUCGCGCCGGGCUAUGCAUGGUGUUUUGUCGUGGCAGCGCACGCAUACGCAGAAGAAUCACAUAUUAGCCAUGUAUGACCCCGAGAGCAAUAUGGCUUGCGUAGACAAAGUAAAGUCGCAGCACUUCCAGACCAUGGGCACACCCAAAGGAGGCAAGGAGUGGCUGCUACCAGAAGAAGCGCUUUUCCUGAUUGAAAGAGGCACACUGGAUUGUCGCUGGCCGGUCAAGCGCGAGGUAGGAGGCGACGAAGAGUAUGGAACCGCUGAUGGGGCGCCAAUGAGUCUGCAAUCGGCCUACGCUGCAUUUAUUGGGUUCGAGGGCGGAGUAGGGGGGAAGUUGUCACUCGAAAUGUACAACGUCUAUGCUGGACUAAAAAGAUCUGGAUAUGUCGUCUUCCGCACAGGAUCUUGGGGCGAAGAUAGAGGGGACAUAGUACUGCGAGACGAAACAAGCCAAAAUCAGGAUAUACCACAGCCCAACAUCUUUACACGAUUAUUUUCCGACAUUUGGCGGCGCCUCAGCCAGCCCAUACACACCCUCACUACAAACGACAUCGCAUUCGGUCCCAUGAUCAAACCCGGCCUGUACAGAAGCUACGCCGACAUCUACCGCCUUCUCAAACUCAUCCCAACCCACGACCGUACCGCCCCACCAACCUUCAUCCUCCCACAAUCGUCCUCCAACCCCUUCCGCGUCCACUUCGACGUCUACCGCACGACGGCCAAAUUCCGCAAAUCUGCGCGCGGCCCACCAGACUUCCGCAUCUGCGUUAUUGACGCACGCACUACACCCGUACCCACUGGUGCCCAACUCAACGAUCUCUUCGCCCAGGUCCCAGAGGAUCGGCCCAAGGCGAGUGACCAGCCGUAUCAAAAGUUGAAGCACGGAUAUAGGAAUGUAGUGCUGGCGGUUGUGGACAAUGGUAUGCCGAGUUAUAUCAGGCUAGCCGAUAGUCCAUUUGAAGAGGUUAAGAUUUAUGAGAGGGCGGGGCCGAGGGGGAAGGGUGGAAGGGGACGGGGUAGAGGGAGAGGAGGCAGGGGUAGGGGUAGGGGAAGAUGA